AUGCUAGUGACCAUGCUGUUGGCUCCUGUCUGUGUGCUACUGAUGCUUGGGGGGCGUGCUCUUGCUGGAGGCUAUCCCCCCAUACCACACAUGAAGUACAUGCAGCCCAUGAUGAAAGGGCCUAUUGGACCUCCAUUUCGAGAGGGCAAGGGACAUUACGUCGAUAUGCCACCAAUGAUGGAAGUCAAAGGGGAACCAGGCCCCCAAGGGAAACCUGGACAAAGAGGGCCCCCUGGGCCACCAGGACUUCCAGGAAAACCUGGACUUGGGAAGCCGGGUCUCAAUGGUCAGCCAGGACCUCAAGGACCAUCUGGUUUUCCAGGGAUUGGUAAGCCUGGACUUCCAGGUCUCCCAGGAAAGCUUGGGCCAAAGGGUAUGCCAGGACUUAAUGGCGAGGUUGGCCCUCGUGGUGAACCAGGUCCCCGUGGUCCUCCUGGACAGCCCGGCCUCCCUGGGCCAGCUGGUCUGUCUCUGAAUGGGAAACCUGGUCUUCCAGGUAUCAGAGGCCCUCCUGGGACUCGUGGUGAGCCAGGACUAAAGGGUAUUUCUGGCCCACCAGGUGAGCGUGGACUUCAGGGUGAGAAUGGAAAUGGGAAACCAGGGGUACCAGGUAUAAGGGGUCCUCCUGGACUCAAAGGCAGUUCAGGACCACCUGGUCUUCCAGGUAUAGGAAAACCAGGACUAAAAGGUUUGCCUGGACUUCCUGGUCUUAAAGGUGAUCAUGGACUCCCAGGGGAUCGAGGACAACCAGGAGAGGCUGGGGCCCCUGGUCUACAAGGUCUGCCAGGGCCAGUUGGGUUAGGGAAACCUGGAUUAGAUGGAGUUCCAGGACAACCAGGUCCAUUAGGUCCAAAAGGGGAGCCAGGGCCCAGGGGUAAUCCUGGAAUUCCUGGGACUCCUGGCUAUGGAAAACCUGGGCUGGGUGGUCCAAAGGGAGACAAGGGUCAUGCUGGAUUUCCUGGUCUACCAGGGGACAAAGGAGAGCAAGGAAUGGUGGGUCCAUUUGGAGAGCCAGGUCUUGAUGGACAACCAGGACCACCAGGACUUCAAGGCCCAAUGGGACUCCCAGGAAAACACGGAAUGCCAGGGCAGAAGGGAGAGCUGGGGCCUCAGGGCCCUCCAGGACUGCCUGGCCUUAGAGGUGACCAAGGCCCUAGCGGACCCUCUGGAAAAGCUGGCAUCCCAGGAGACAAAGGCAUCCCAGGGCCAAAUGGCCCUAUUGGAAAACCUGGUGCCAAAGGUGAGGCAGGGCAUAUUGGCCUACCUGGGAAUCCAGGGUUGACAGGUGCUCCAGGGCCUAAAGGGGAGUCAGGGUUUAUAGGGACUCCGGGCCCCAGGGGCCAGUCAGGAAUUCCUGGUCUUCAAGGACCCAUGGGGCCUAUGGGCCCACAGGGUGUUCCUGGCCCAAAGGGUGAACCCGGACUUCCAGGGCCUCCGGGGCUUGGUAAGUUUGGUGAGAAGGGAGCUAUAGGUCCCCAAGGACCUCCAGGGAAACCAGGGCCUUCUGGGCUUAAUGGCAACCCUGGCCCUCCUGGGCCACCAGGACCACCUGGGCCUUCAGGAAAUGGCCAAACAGUUGUUGCAGGGCGUACAGGUGCAGAUUUGGAGGGGGAUGAAGUACCAGGGGACAGGAAGGGGCCUGCCUAUACUCAGGUUGCUCUCUCUGCCUCUGUGGCACCAGCCUUCACAGCCAUUCUCACCACACCUUUCCCUCCCUCUGGCAUGCCAAUCAAAUUUGACAGGACCCUGUACAACGGGCAAAAUGCCUACAGCUCUUCUACUGGCAUGUUCACUGCUCCUUUAUCUGGUGUCUACUACUUUGCGUAUCACAUGCAUGUAAAGGGAACUAGCCUGUGGGUGGCACUGUACAAGAACAAUGUACCAGCCACUUACACGUAUGAUGAAUACAAGAAAGGCUACAUGGACCAGGCAUCUGGUAGUGCUGUCCUAGAGCUGAAGGAGGGUGACCAGGUAUGGGUCCAGAUGCCCUCGGAUCAGGCAAAUGGCCUCUAUUCUACCGAGUACAUUCACUCCUCCUUCUCAGGAUUCCUGCUCUGUCCCACAUAACCCGGUCCUUUCCUUACAACAUGUUCCUGUAUUGGCACCUCAAAGCAGCCCUUAACCUUAAAUACCUGUAUUCUCAAUAGAAACACAAAACCCAUCAAUUUCUCAAUAUCAUUGCCAUCAUCUUUAUAUGUCUUGCCCUCAGCAACAUCAGCGAAAGAAAAAAAAACUUUGUGAAUGAAAUAUGGAGAGUUUUAAAAGGCAGGGGAAGGAAUUUCAUACUGUCUUCUUUAUUUCAAUGUCCUUCAAUGUGUGUUUUGGGUUGUAUUUUAUGUUGGUGUUUUUUAGCUUAUAUUAUUUUAAUUAUUAUAUUGUCAUAAUUUUAUUGUUAUUAUUUGGUCCUCGUCAUCAUUGUUGUUAUUGUUUAUUGGAUUCAGACUAUUAAGUGCCUUACUUUGUAAUGUGCUAGUAACAGACCUUCCCAUGUGACUGCACAUCCUGCCCACAUGCUCUGACAUAAGGACGACAUCACCAAACCCUGGGGUGGUGGUUGGUUCCCUUCCUGCAGUCACGUCCCCCUUGCGUGUUAUUUAAACCAUGAAUAGCAAUACUGACAUAAAGAGCAACAACACAGCAUGGAAUAUAUAGACAUACAAUAGAGAAACAAGGCAUUUGGUGCUGUAAUACCAUUACUUUUCACUUUUCUUUUGUUUGACCUUUUUGGUACUCUAAACAUUUGCUACAUUAAACCUAUUAAUGGGAUUAAAUAGUUGUUUUUAGAGUGAGAUAUAUAUUUUGACAGUAUGUUGACAUAAGAACAUGUUGGGUGCUUUUUUUCUGUUUCUUUCUGUGUCUAGUAGCCAACCUUUUACAAUUAUGGUCCCUUGUCUUACUUGUAAUUUACUGAACUUUAAACAAAUACAAUCCAAUAAAUAUGACCUCACAGUAUUAGAAUUGUCACAUUUAAAUUGCCCUUUUAAAGAGGAUCAACAUCAUCACGCAAGGACAGAGCCUUUUUUUUUUUUUUUUUUUACUUUCAGGACAAUUGAAAAUUAUACGUAUGCAUACAGUCAAUGUUUACAUGCCAUAGAAUAGAUACAGAAAGAAACUGCAAAUGGACAGCAAGUACACAUGUAUAGCUGGAUCGAUGGCCUGUUUCCUUGUAUCGAUCUGACUGUUUCCCAUUUGCACUGCAAAUCCCAUCACCAUGUUGCAGGCAUCCUCUUCUCAUGCUCCGGACAUGACAUCACUUAUUUCUAAUGGUAUACUACCUAUUAAUAAGUCAUUCCAAGUAAACAGUCUGCACUGCCAUCCUUGAAAAGCCCCAUUCUAACCAUAUGCUGCAAAAUCUGUGAAGAUGCUGAAAACACAAUUCUGCUUAUAGAAAACAAGGUGACAAUGGACAACAAAUACAAUACACCCACUUCUUCUGUCAGUGCAGUUUCUAUGUGACUUGUGAUUGCUGCUGGGCAAAUGAGAGCAAUUUUGAAUCAUUUGUUGCUCUGAAUGAAAUGACUUUCUAUUCAUUUCCAAACUCAGUGUGUCAAAAAAUAGCUGGAUUAUUGUUUAGCUUAAUGGAACAUCUGUGGCUACAGCGACAAGAUGUUUCAGAACCAAGUAACAUCAAAGUGUACAGCUGGAAAUGAGAAUCGAUUUGCAUUUACUCCAUGAAUAAGUAAAGGGACUGACUGAGGCCCACAGGUUGUGAAAUACAGGUUGUGUAACAUUUAACAAACCCCUGCCAGAUUUCUGGGAGAGGUGGCAGGUCAGAGGUGAGCACUGUGUAUUUACACAAUUCUGUUGGAUGAAGCAUUAAAGAUACACUUUGUGUAUGUAUGUGCUUGUAUGUUCUUGUAGGUGUACCCUUCUAUGACUGUGUCAAUAUGUGUGUUUAGCUGUAUCACAUUGUGCCCUUAGCAUUCAGGUCACGAACACAUCAGCAAAGAUAAUAAUAAACUUGAAAAAAGUUACAAAUCC